UUAUUUUCGCCGCCGAGUUCAAGCUCAAAGCCGCAAGGGUCGUUAGGGUUUAAACUCUCUCUUUCUCUCUCUUAGGGUUUUGGGGCGCGACGGAGAGAGGAGAGAGAGAUCGAGCUCGCCAUGGACAACUCCCCCGAGCUUCAGCGUUUCAUAGAGCAAGAGAAGCAGAAAGCUAUGGUCAGUGAGAUGGUGGGGAAGUUAACGAAUGUAUGCUGGGACAAAUGCAUCACCGGCACGCCUGGAAGUAAGUUCAGCUCCAGCGAAACAGCUUGCCUCACCAACUGUGCACAACGGUUCCUCGACAUGAGCAUGAUUAUUGCUAAGCGUUUCGAAUCCAUGCAGUAAACUGUGGUACUGUCAAAUUUGCCUUCUAAUUAACAUUUCUUUUGCCUACUUUCAAAGUUCAGCUUGGGUGAAUGUUCUUGUGAACAAAUGCUUCCACUUGGCUUGACUUGAAUUUUGCUUUAUAGAUUGUCUUCUUGUGUUCUUUAGUUAUUUGAUAAUAUAGAAUUUUGUAUUCAGAAAACCUAUGUUCUUCGUAUAUGACUAGAUGAUUGUGAGGUUACUGAAUGGUUGAAUGACUAUUCCAGUUUUUGCUCCUAAUUUUCUUUAGGACUCGA